CUUCUCUUUCAAAUACAAAAAGGAGAUCGAGAAGUGAUGCCAUUGCCGCAAUUUCUAGCUCUUCUCGCCAUGUCUCACCUCUCUCUUCUGCUUCUCUUCUCCGUCUUCUCCGCCACCCAUGCCCUCACUCUCCCCUCCGACGUCUCUGCUCUUCAAUCCUUCAAAGCCUCCAUUAAACCCUCCUCUGUUUCUCCUUGGUCAUGCCUCGCUUCUUGGAACUUCUCCACCGAUCCAUGCUCUGUUCCUCGCCGGACUCAUUUCACCUGUGGUAUUUCUUGCUCCGCAGACUCCACCAGGGUGAUAUCAAUCACUCUCGACCCUGCUGGAUACGCUGGCGCUCUCUCUCCGGCCAUAGCCAAACUUACCCAACUCACCGUCCUCGACCUCUCCGAUAAUUCCUUCUCCGGGUAUGUUCCAAGCGCACUUUCCUCUCUUUCCAACCUCCAAAUCCUCACCCUCCGGUCCAACUCAUUCUCUGGUCCUCUCCCUCAAACCAUUACUGCGAUCAAGUCUCUUGAAUCUCUCGACAUUUCUCAUAAUUUUCUAUCUGGGUCGCUCCCCAAAACCAUGGUUUCUCUCUCCAGCUUGAGGAGACUCGAUCUCAGCUUCAACAGGAUUACGGGGACCCUCCCCAAGCUUCCGUCGUCCUUAUCAGAACUCGCUCUCAGGAGCAAUUCUCUAUCUGGGUAUCUCCUGAAAUCGUCCUUCGACGGUUUAACUCGAUUGGAAGUAGUCGAGCUCAGCGCAAACGCCUUCACGGGGCCAAUACAAAGCUGGUUCUUCCUCCUCCCUUCCCUGCAACAGGUCAAUUUAGCCAACAACAGCUUCACCGGUCUCGCGAUCUUGAAACCCACAGCCAGCGACCUCGUCGCCGUCGAUCUGGGCUUCAACCAGAUCAAAGGCUACGUUCCCACGAAUUUCUCAGCCUUCCCUCUCCUCUCAUCACUCUCGCUUCGCUACAACCAGUUGCGUGGCCCAAUUCCGAUGGACUACAGCAAGAAGGAGACCCUAAAGAGACUAUUCCUGGACGGGAACUUCUUGAACGGAAAAGCGCCGGUGGGAUUCUUCUCCAGGUGGUCGGGGGUAUCGGGGAGCUUGGGGGACAACUGCCUACAGAGCUGUCCGACAUCGUCUCAGCUGUGCCUACCAUCACAGAAACCCAACUCUAUUUGCAAGCAAGCCUACGGAGGAAAACCAAGGUCAUAGUUAGAGAGAUCUGUCAGCAUAAUAUUUGUAUUUUAGAAUCCUCCUACUUCUCUGUAUUUUAAUUGUUAGUUUUAAAAAAUAAAAAUACAUUUUCACUUGUAAUAUAAUUAAUAACUGAAGCUUUAGCACAUGACAGUGUGCUUAGAGGAUUCAUUCUA